GUCGCUCGAUGAGUGAGAUGCCGUCGGUUGGAGAAGAUUGGCAGCUGCAGCCAUUGCUUGUUGUCGAUCGUCUUUUUGAAACUGCACGUCGUGAGGGAACGGCAUCACAAGGAGACUGGAAGGUCGAGCAGUUCUUCGCUGAUUGGUUGACGAAAAAGGACAGCUGGAGUUGGGUUCCAUCGCUGAAUGACACACCACUGCAUCUUCUUAAACCAGACUCGUUGGUACGAUUUCGGUGCAUGGUUCAAGACAUUUUUGACUCUGAGUUUUAUUUGGGAAUCUAUGAGGCAAACAACUCGACAACCGGAGAGAAGGUCGUAAGAACAGGAAAAUACAGAGAUGUGGCAGACAGUCGGGAAGAGUCUGUUGAUGUGGAUGCUGCUGGCAAUGUUAUCUUUGAAAGGCAACCCUUGUAUUGUGUUCCAAUUCCAGGAGAAGCUGAGUGGGCAAAAGAAGCAUAUAGAAAUAUGUCUAAGAGGUCUCAUGUUGAAGGCACAGCAAGUCUCGUUUCUACCACUGGUAGGGAGAAGAGACGGUUGGAUGACGAAGAGAGUGAAACAGAAGAAAAGAUGGAAAUGGAAAUGACACAUGACGAUAGGAAAGAGAAGAGAAUAAAAUGUGAGAGAGGUGAAACCCAUGGAGCAUCCGCUGACCAUCCCAGCCGUCUUCCUGACUUAAAUUUUCCAUUAUCAACAGACAGAGGCCCCGCUUGUCUAGUUAAGAUGUAUGACCAUCGUGAUGAGUACAAAGUGAAUGAUGUGUUGGAGGUGUUUGGUAUUCUCUCUGUUGAUCCUCUGAUGGCACAUCUUCAUGACGAUGAAGCAGCUUGUGUUGGUGACCCAUCUGUUGAUUCAGAAUCAUCAGAAGAGAGACUGGCUCACAACUUUCCACCAUCAUUGGUACCUCGUCUUCAUUGUGUAGUUGCUCGACGACUGGAUGUUACAAACCCUCUUAUUCCAUUGCCACUCACACAUCCAGGACACAAAGCUGUUGUAGAGAGUAUCAAAUCUGAAGCAAGUGCAAUUAGAAGUGAACUACUGUCUUUUUUGUCUUGCUGCUGUCUUGGCGACGCACUCUGUGCUGAGUACUUGCUUUUGCAUCUUCUGUCUUCAGUGUAUGCAAGAAGAGAUAUAGUUGCUGUUGGUAAAUAUUGCCUCAAUAUUUGUGGAUGUCUUUCUGGUGAAUGGGCACACCAAAUUGCAAACGUUGUUCAGGAAAUUACAACUAAGAGUUUCUGCUUUCCAUUGAGUCUAGAGAAUUUGAACUCGAUUAGUUUGGUACCACAGAAAGACUACGUCGCAAACAGAUUGAAGUCAGGAAUUCUGCAGCUGUCUGAUGGAACGCACUUGGUGCUAGAUGAGACAGCGAUGCUGCCCGGUCAACUUCAAGAGCAAGGUGUCAAGAAUGUGAACGCUCUCAGUGAUCUUAUACAGUGGCAGAAAGUGCAGUACGAUUUUAAGUAUCAUACAGCCGAGUUUCCAUGUAACAUACCGGUUCUCAUUUUGUCAGAAGGCCAAUCAUUACUACCGGCUGACUGCAGAAUUUUUCUACAUGUGUCACUUGACACUCCUCUGCCUUCUUCUUCAGCCUUGAUGGGUGCGAUGUCAUCUGGUAUUAUAGAGAAGAUCAGACUGUAUUUAGACAUCAUUCCUUGUUUGAAUUACAACCUUUCUGAAGAUGCUCAGAAAAUGGUACAGGAGGAUUUUGUUGCUAUGCGUCGAGCUGAUCCUUCUAAUGUUACAGCUGAUACCCUACAUCAUUUACUAAACAUUUCAAGGUUAUUGGUAAUGAGCUUUGGUCAAAGCCAUCUGACAGCAGAGAUUUGGGAGAUAGCCAAACAACUGGAAACAAAGAAACAAGAGAGACUCUCUAGUAGAAGCCACCCAUCAGGUUCUUCAUCUUAGUUUAGGUUUGAUUAACUAAAUGCGGUAUCUUGUCUAAAUUUUAUCAAAUUGUACGUACAUUUGGAUGUGAGCAUUGGUAUCUAGAGUUUCAACGUGUAGGCACGUCAGUGCUUGCUCAAUUGGAAGCUUUACUUAGGACUGAUAGAUCAGCGUGUUGAAAUGUUGUAACUUAAUUUGUAUUGUCAACAAACUGCGCUCGAUCUGUA